GACCUGUUGUGGCCGAAGGCACAUCAAAAAUAUGAAAUAGAAGAUGACAUUCUCAUGUUACUUCACCUGUCAGUUGUCGGUUUGCCAAAGUCAAAGCACACCAAAGUGAAGUUUGUCCUCGUCCAUUUUGUGGUGAAAUUGUUGAAGGUGUAGCUCUCAAGAUGGCUGGAACAUUUUUGGCCCUGACGGCUAGGGCUGUCAGAACCAACCCGAAAUUGCCCAUGCAAACUGCUGGCAUGGCCAGUUAUGUCCGCAAUCUGAUAGGAAAACGAGAAAUCGUUGGAUAUGGAUUCAAUGGGGAACCAAACUAUGUUGACAGGACUGAUUUCCCAUUGCCAGCCAUCAGGUGGAGGGAACCUACCCCAGAUAUCUCAGCACUCAGGGAAAAGGAGAAAGGUGACUGGAAUAACCUGUCCCUUGAAGAAAAAAAAGCUUUAUAUAGAGCUUCUUUUUGCCAAACUUUUGCUGAAUUCAAAGCUCCCACUGGUGAAUGGAAGUCUGUUAUAGGUUUAUCAUUGGUUUUCAUGUCUGGAGCAUUUUGGCUUUUCUACUUCAUGAAAGCUUUUGUGUACAGUCCCCUGCCAAUCACUUUUGAUAAAGAACACAGAGAAGCUCAGUUGAGACGUAUGAUUGAUCUGCAAGUGAAUCCAGUGCAAGGUAUUUCAUCCAAAUGGGACUAUGAAAAGGAUGAUUGGAAGAAAUAAGUUUUUGUUUUAAAUGUAUUGUGAACUGAAGCAUUUGUGUUUGACAGCCACAGAUGUUUCUGAUUAAAUAGUAAUAUUUCAUUUAGAAAGUUAUUUAUUCCUUUUACCAUUUUGUGAUGAUAGAAGUAUUGCUCUACAAGAACAGAAAUCAGUGUUGAUGGUUCAAGCUGGGAUAUGUAUUAAAGAAGUUUGUUAUAAC